CAGGGAUAUGCAGGCUUACAAUAUAUGCGGUAUAUAUAUACUGAGAUCCAGUGUCGGCCAGUCGCACAUAUAGUAGAGCGCAUGAAACGCUCAACAACAAUUUCCGACUGACUUAGUGCCGGGACAGAUUAAAAGAAUUGUUUUAUUUCAUCUGUUUGGUGUACGAGUGCAACUGUGAUUUUCCUGCAUGUGGGGACGUUUUUGUGACGUUUUUGUGGGACUUUUGUGACCGUUGUGAUUAAGUGACAAUUUCCAAAAGAGGACCAAAAGUCAAUAGUCAUGUCGGAGGAGAAGAAGAAGCCCCUGGACGAGGACGAGGAGGAUGUGGUAUCCAGGGCUAUCGGUUCCUUCGGUCCCUGGCAACUGAAGCACACCUUUCUCCUCUCUCUGUUCAACAUACCGUGCACUUGGCACAUUUUCGCUCCUACCCUUUACGGGGCCAAAAGGGACAUGUGGUGCGCGAGGUCGAGUGAAUUUAAAGGUGUGCCGUCUUCGACUUGGCGAAACUGUACGCAACUAAAACAAGACUAUUGUCACAUGUACGAUGUGUCGUCGAUGAACGAGUCGUUUAUUUUAGAGUGCGACAUGAACGGGGUGGGAACUGUGCCUUGCGGCAGUUGGGAGUUUGACGGGAAAGGCGAAACGAUAAUUUCCGAAUUUAGCUUGGUCUGUGAUAGAAAAAACUUGAACACUCUAGCCGAAAUGACAUUUUUGGCUGGGGUAGCAUUUGGAGGACUCAUUUGUGGAAUUAUGUCAGAUAAAUUUGGCAGGAAGAAGACUCUGAUGUGUUCGGUACUUAUUCAGAGCAUAAUAGGAACCCUUAUCGCAUUUGCCCCCUGGUUUGAGCUGUACUUCAUCCUGAGAGCAGCGCUAGGCUUCAUUUCCGUUUCCGUUGUGUUCAGCGGUUUUGUGCUGGCCAUAGAGCUAGUAGCGGGCCAUUGGAGGACCGUUGCCGGCAUAUCGUACCUGUUUCCUGUAUCUCUCAGUUACAUGACGAUAGCGGGAAUGGGAUAUAUGCUUAGAGAUUGGCGGCAACUACAACUAGCCAUCUCCCUUCCAGGAUUUAUGUUCAUCAUUUUGUGGUGGGUACUACCUGAAUCCCCUCGAUGGCUGUUGGCUAUGGGCAGAACGCAAGAAGUGAUGGUGAUCCUGGAAGAUGCGGCUAGAACCAAUAAGCGCACUCUACCGGCGAAUAUAGACAAACAACUUCUUCCCGAAACGAUUGACGUGGACGGUAGCGAACAGGACGCUGGAGUGCUGGACCUUUUUAGGACUGCGACAAUGAGAAAAAGAACUCUGAUAUUGUUUCUCAUUUGGUUUAGUGUUUACUUGGUGUAUUACGGACUUAUGCUCAACUUGGGCGAGAUUGGAGGCAAUUUAUACAUUAAUUCAGCACUGAUGGGAGCAGUGGAGGUCCCCGCCAUAGCUGUAAGCAUCCUGAUCCUUGUGAAAGGGGGCCGUAGAUGGCCUUUAGCUCUCACCAUGAUCAUUUCUGGGGUGUGCAUUUUUACCAUUCCCAUUGAUAUGUUCGCUCCGAAACUCCAAUGGCUGAGCACCACGCUGACGAUGAUUAGCAAACUGUGCAUUAGCAGUUCCAAUGCCAUAAUGCCCGUUUACACCGCAGAAUUGUACCCUACUACCAUAAGGAAUAUCGGUGUAGGGGCGGCGAAUGUUUCAGCGGGAAUAGCCCUUAUGCUCGUGCCUACCCUGUGGUACCUUGCUGACAUUUUCAAAGGGCUCCCGAUGCUGUUGAUAUCAUUUUUCGGAAUAGUUGGCGGUGCGUCGGUUCUACUGCUGCCAGAGACAGGUUUCGGACCCUUGCGGAACUCCAUCAAGGAAGAAGGACCAAGAUUAAGUGCAAUGAGCGAAACAAAUAGGACAAACAAUAACACUUAAAAUACGCGUACGAUUUGUUUUUUAAUCGUCUUAACUUAAUUUAAAUGUUUUAGUUCCUGCAUGUAAAUAGUUUUUUACUUAUUUACAUUUAUCUCUUUUAUAUUGUAACGUUAAAAUUACUUAAAUUAAAGCUUUAAAUCACUAUAUUAGUGUGAAAAUCAUUUUAAUAUGGCAAAAUUUCUAUAAAAUAAUGUCAUUUAAGUUAGAGAACACUCUAUAUAAUAUAUUUUAAAAAAAUUAGUAGAUAUAAUAUUGACACAUUUUUAUUUUAUUUGUAUAGGACUUUCCUUUAUAUUUAAAUUCUGCAUUGGUUUAGUUAGGGUUGCCAGAAAUAAAUGAAAAUGGUAGUUUCACCCUUUAUACUAAACAUAUUUUGUUAAAUUCAAACAAAAAAUACCAAAAUACUAUUGAUUAAACAUUUUAUUUUAAAUUCAACUCAAUAAAUACAUAAAUAUAAACUCAACAUUGCAACUACAUUUUUUUAUUCUAAAACUCUAAAAUAUAGAAUAUUUUGCUUCUAUAUUUUAGAAGCAUAAAAGACAGAAAAUGUAGUUAAAUAUAGAAGGUCUGGCAACCCUAGAUUUAAUAGUCCUUAAUGUGGUGCAACAGCUGUCCCUGAAAGUGUUAUAUUAAAAAAAGAGGAAUAAUGUAUCAUAUUUAAUAUUUAUUUAUUUUUAUUAAUAUAGGGCUAAGUACUUAUAAUCACAAUAUAAAACUAAAUACUUGUGAAAAUGUAAAGAUUUAUAAAAACUGAUUUUUUUACUUUAUGACCAUUGCAAUGUUAUUUGCUAACUUGGUAUUUUUUCCUCUGAUUAAAAUGGGGAAAACAGAAAAACAAUUGAACUUCGGGUCUCCGAAACACUCACAAAAAUAACACCCUGUAUAUUUUUU